AUGAAUAGUGUUAUGUCCAGGGGCAGCGUAUACUCCGUUCGGACCGGUAGUCUUAGUAGUGUUAGUAACUAUAGUUCUGCGGUACAGUCGCCUGUUGAGGAUGUUAAGUUGAGGAAGAAGGAUUUCUUUGGUAAAGGUGGUGAUGAUGAUGAUGACAUGCCGAAGAGGUAUGGGGUUAAGAAGUUUGUGGGACAACCGACGGAGGAUAUGCUAGAGGUUGUGAUCGGGGAGACUAAAUACGCGGUUACUAAGGUCAAAGGGAUGGACGAUGACGACAGACCGAUUUCUGGAGAUUGGGGGUCUGGGUCUGCAUUUGGGUCUGGAUCGUCGCCGAAGAAACCAGGUUCGAGACCCGCUACUGGUGGUGGGGAAUUACAGGAACCCGAGAGUACGGUUGUAUUUUUGGGACACGGGAGGGGGAUGAGUGUUGGUGGUGUGGAGGUUGACUUUGGACCCACGGCUGAUUUGGGAGGGAAACUGGGGCCGAAGGAGAAGAAUGUGGUGAGGAGGAAACCGGCGCAUGAUAGGAAUUCCAGUCGGGAUUCCGAUCUCAGCGGGGUUGGUAAGCGCCGAAGCGUUGCCUGGGCGCCUGGAAUGGUGAAUUUUAAUACGAAUGCGGGAAGGAAUGUGGACAGCAAUGCUAGCGAGGUGGGGUCGUUGGGGGCAACGGGGACGGCGACAACAGGGAAUGCGAAUGUUUGGAAACCACUAAAUACACAUAAGGGGAAGCAGAGAGAAGACGAGAAAGAGGAAGAGAUGGAGCUUAAGGAGAAGAAGGAGGAGUUCGACGCGCAUAGCUACGUUGGAGCACAUUACGAAUUGGCACAGCAGACUACCGACGUCAUGAGGAAUAAACUUUUGAAUCAACAUCAUCAGAGGAGUGGCAGUUUGGGCACCGGGCAGUUCUUGAGCUACUUCAACGUCGGCAGGAGAAAGAGUAAGACUCCAAGCGACGAAGGGGAACAACCUGCUGGGAGCGGCAAUGGCGGGAACGCCACUGGCGCCGCUGGUGCCACCGGUACCGCGAAUAGGCCAGCGCUGCACUCGAGGACUAACAGCGUCAGUGCGGAACAGCUAAGAAGAAUCAGUCGAGCAGGCAGUGCUGCUGAUCUAUUACACGGAACCGGCGGUGGAGGAAGCACCGGAAGCGACAGUCCCAACCUCGCAAGUCGUCCUCAGAGCCGAUCUGCGAAUAGAGAACUCGCAACGACUGCUCCAAGUCGGCCUCAAAGCCAAGGGAAUCUACUCAGCCGUCCUGCAAGCCGUGGACCAUCCGCUUUAAUGAAUACCAAUAACCCUUCAACUUCAGCAUUACCGCUUCACUCUCUUCCACCGCCAAUGGUAUCGCCAAUACCACCAAGUAGUUACCAUCCACCCCAGGUCACUCCAACGGCAAGUAUCUACCACCCCCCACCGCACCUCCAAUCUGGCCCUUCAACUCCUUCGUACGGCGUAACAGAUCACUACUCCAAUUACCGUCAGCGGGAACGCGGCGACUCCGGAGCACCAGACGGGAGACUUUCAGCUGGAGAACAAGAGUACAUCGCCCGUUCAACUGGCACACCACUAUUAGGUCAAAACUGGAAUUCGGAAACCUCAAAAAUCGGGAAGGCGCCACCACACAAAGCGGGUCUCCUAGGUCAGAUGGAAAAGAGGGAAAAGGAAAGAAAGGACUUCAAAGAAAGAACCAACAGAAACAGCUGGGCUGUGCAGCAUGCUAUGCGUCAAAGACAGAGUAUUGUUGGAAUGGGAAGUUUGAUGCAGCAACAGGCUCAGCAGGAAGCUCAGAAACAAGCCCAACAGCAACAGCUACAAGCUCAACAGCAACAAUACCAGUACCAGUACCAACAGCAGCAGCAGCAGCAGCAACAAUACCAGUAUCAACAGUAUCAACAGCAGCAACAGCUGCAACUGCAACAACAGACGGGAAUGGGAGUUGGUUUCGGAAACUCGGGACAACAUAUGGGACAACCAAUCCAACAGCAUUACGGCUUCUACGGACACCAACAACCGCAGCAACAACCGCAGCAGCAGCAACAACAGAAUGCGGCUACGAUUGCAGCGUGGAAUGCGCAACAACAGCAACAGCUUAUGAUUAUGCAGCAGCAGAUAGCGUUGGCACAAGCACAACAGCAACAAAUGGCGGAGCGAAGGGGUUCAUGGCGUUAUGGGUAA